ACUCAGAAUUCAACUUCCUGUCGAGGACAGUGAUUUCUCAGAAUCAAGAUCAGGCUUAUUUGUACUUGAAGCUUUCUUGUAGAAAAUUUAAUGGCCUACACUAUGCAUUAAUCGAACGUGCUUCUUUUUGAAAAUGUCAUACACAGGUAUAUAGAUUUUUUAGGUUGCACAUGUUCCGUGGUUUAUAUAUUAUUAAAAUUAUUAUCGAAGAAGGAAUCAAAAGAUGCUUCCUUCCGCUUCAUCAUAAAAUGAAAAACAUUUAAUAAUUUAAUUAAAUUUAAGGCUACCACUAUUAGUAUUGUUGAGAAUCAUGCCCAUGACGUCAUUUGCGUGUUUAUUAUAAUAAUAAAUAAUAAUAAAGUUCAUUUAAAAACAAGCUUCAUCCCCAAAGGCUCGAAGCGCGGUACAAAGUCAAAAAAAACACCAAAUCUAUAGUAGAUACUUUGGUCAAAAAUGUAAACAUUUUUUUUAAAAUAAACCAAUGGCACAGUUGAAUAGAGCUAAUUUUAAACAGAAUUAUAACACCAAAAUCAUAUUUUUAGCUGUUGUAGUUUUAAAGUUAUGAAUUUUUAAAGUACGACUUGGUUUGUCCUUUUUUAACAUGGACUGCAUCUCCACAUUCUGUGACCUCAUUCCGCCGAUCGCGUCAUGCGCAAUGACUAUAUAGUUUAUAUAAGGCUAAGGCAUUCCCUUAUCACUAAAAUACUGUUUAGGGUCGAUUUAUUUUAAACUUUCAACUUUGGCACAUGAAUAAUUAAUUAAAGCUUUCCCUGACCAAUGGUUUAAUAGUUUUUGCACACGGCAAACACUUAUGAAUGAAACUCUGAGAUAGUACUACGACUACGAUAUAGCCGUUAUGCAAGUGGCUGUGAAUGGUUGCCAAUGACAACGUGUUGCACAAGGAAAAUUCUGAUCAUUUAUAUUAUGGACUCUGCAGGGUUUUUAAAGCUCAAAUUAAAACAUUUCCAGUUUAAAUGUCUUCAAAAUGCAUUCUGAAACACAAAAUAUAAAAUAUUUUGAUGUAUAUAGUGGUAAUAAUUAAAUAUUUCCUAAGUAUCGGCAACUUCCGCCAUUAAAAAGGGGGCGUGGCCCACGCCAUGUCGAAAUAAGGCGGAGCCCCCUUAUGGUGAUAUGGGUCACUGGGAGAAGCGUAGCGAACGUGGGACACGACCUACAUCAAUGAGAAUUGGCACAGAUAUAUAUCAAUAUCUGAUGCCUUACACGAUUUAAUAUGAAAGACCUGUAUUUUAUAUUUCACAAAAAAUUUUGCAUGCGAAGAUGCCUUAUAUAUACCAAAGAUUUCCAAAAUAAAGGUCGAUUGAAAAAGCAAAAUAGUUGGAUGGAAAUGUAGGCCAAGAUGUCUUCCAAAUUAUAAGGCCGGAAACGGAACUCAAAUAUAUGUCCAAAGAACUAAUUUAAUAAUAAAUAGACACACACAUCGGAAAAUUAAAAACUCGGAUUUUUCGGCGCCGACGCCCAUUUCCGAUACAAAAAAAGUAGUAGUCUCCCUUGUUUUAUCGAAGUAUCUAUCUAUAGUCUAUAGUUUACCACAUUUAAAACAAACGCAACACGACAAAAACUAAGUACAAGCAUACAAUGGCAAAGUCUUUCUAGCCAUUUCAACCAUAAGCAACACAGCCAUUAUGCAUUAACUGGAAAAUAAUGUUGACAAUCAACAUUAUAGUUGCAGUGAAUUAGGGUUCAGGCUAGGCAUAAGGAUCGAUUUAGGGUUCAGGUUAGGCAUAAGGAUCGAUUUAGGGUUCAGGUUAAACUAGUAGAUACUUCGAUAAAACAAGGGGGACUACUACUUUUUGUGUAUCGGAAAUAGAAAUCGGCGCCGAAAAAUCCGAGUUUUUAAUUUUCCGAUGUGUGUGACUAUUUAUUAUUAAAUUAGUUCUUUCGAUAUGUAUUUGAGUUCCAUUUUCGGCCUUAUAAUUAGGUAGACAUCUUGACCUACAUUUUAAUCAAUUUCUUUUUCAUUUAAAAUCAGUCAGCUUUGAGAAAAUCCUUGGUAAAUAUAAGGCACCUUUCAUCAUUAAAAUUAGGCCGGCACUGCGUACACCGCGGCGGUGUACCUAGCGAAACUAUUGACUUUGGCCUGCAUACACCGCGGCGGUGUACCUAGCUAAAUCAUGGUCUGUGUCCUGCGUACACCGCAGCGAUUUAAAGUAGCAAAACUAUGGUCUUUGCGAGUCUUUAACUUUUUGGUCUAACCGGUACUUAAAGAUUUAAUGUUAUACUCGUGUUAAAACUGAAAAGUAUUUAUUUAAAAUUCGUUUAUUACCUUGGGCGUAGGUACUCCAACUCAAAUUUUCAAAUACAUCUGACAUACACAAAGAACAUAUCAUUGGAAAGAGCUGGCUCUAAGCUUUCCAAUGACACCAAGAUAAUCUUUCUAUCACUUAUAGGAGAAAAGUUAUGAAUUUUUUAGUGAUUUAUUUUUCCCCACUAUUCGGCUUUGUAUUUAAUUUUUAAAACUGUGAUCGCAUAAAUACUCUUUUUGUACUACUUUGCGUGUAUCUUUUUGGCUAUUAGAGUUAGAGCUCUCAAAUUUGGAGGAGACAUUUACAAUACAAUGUUUAACAGAAUAAAACACAUUAAUUGUGAAUUAACUUAUUAUAUUUUUUUAAACAUGACUUUAUGAGCAUAUGGCGUGGAUAACGACAAUCGUCGAAAAAUUUAAUUUUUCAAAAAAUGACAUAAUUACUAAACCAAUAAAGCUAUUGCUAUAAAAUUUUCAAUACAAACAGAUAAUAUCUAUCUAAAAGUAAGGUAAAUAAAUAAAAUGCAGAUCAGAAUCAGAAAAAUUUAUGCAACGUUAGAGAAAAUAUUUUAUGAAACGUGACCGCGGCCGAGACAUUCUUACACUAAGACUAAGAAAGAUAACUUUUAAACUAAUCAAGCUACUGCAAAGAAAUUUUCAGCAUUAUAGAUAAUGACAAGUGAGGUUAAGUCUUCAAAAAGGUUAAUAAAGAGAAGUGGACUGAGUGGAAGAUUAACAGGUAUGAAUAACAACUAGGUAGACUGAAAAAAAAAGAUUGUUUUCAAUUAAAUUACGCAAAAUUCAAGAAAUGUCCCUAGUAUUAAAAUUUAUUUAUUUCAUUAAUUUAAUUCUAGUAUUAAUACAAUUUAGGUCUAUUAAUUAAUACACCCUUAUAAUUAGUAGUCUAGGUUUAACUGAUAAUAAAAGAGAAAAAAUACAUUAUUUAUUGUUGAGAACCAAGAGGAAUUCCUAUCGGUAAAUUGUUCAAUUUCUUAUUUACAAAGAAUAAUUGUACUAACAUUUAAUUUAAAACAAAUUAUUAUUUUUUUUUAUACAUUUAUAUUGUUUAUUCAUAUUAGAAUCAAAAACAUUUGUUUAAUUAGAUGUUUCAAUUAUUUAGAAAUGUUUUAUUUAAAUCUUUAUUUCCAAAUAAUUUCACCUCCCUCCAGUAAAUAAAAUUAUGUAAAAAAAGAUGGCCGCCGUUUUUUCAUAACAUGUGGAUUUUUUUGGAUCGUUCAGUAUCAUAAAUUUUAGACAUGGCCAGUGAUGUUAACAAUAACUGCUUUCGAUGUAAAAGUGAUCAGGCUAGACCUAUACAUAGUUUUUAUUUCUCUCUUUUGCUAUACAAAACUAUCGGCAUGAGUUUAAGCUUAGCGACAGUUCGCGCUCCAACGGUUCGCCUAAGACAGGUCAGAAUGGCACAGAAUUUAUACCAUCAUGACCGGAAUUCUUCAGCGAAUAAAGUUUAAGACUGAAACUUAUUUUUAGAAAAUGACACAUAUUAACAACAAAGCCCGACGUAUACCGAAACCCGCCAUUCGCGGCUGGUCAUAGAAAUGUACCAGGCCAACCCCGCGUUUUUUUUUGCCCGCGACGUCCGGUAUUGGAGUGCCUACCUUGGGAAGAUAUUGAGUAAGUUCCACGCUUAUGUGGCAAAGUACAUGUAAAGCAUUUCUUCUCAUUUUUUGGAAGGGAGGGGGCUGCAGUGGCGUAGCGAGGGUGUUUGGCGCCCGGGGACAAGAUUCGCGCCCAGGGACAAGAUCCAUUUUUAGCUCCCCUUUUUCUUUUUUUCAACUCUCAAACCCAUUAUUUUCAUCAAUAAAUUAAUAUCAAAGCACAUUUUGGUGCCCGGGGACAUCUGUCCCCCCCUGCCCCCACCACGCUACGCCUCUGGGGGGCUGGGGGUGUAAUGUUAAACCAUGAUUCAUUUUUAAUGUUAACCACUUUAUUCCCCCCUCCCCCAAUAUAUUGAAAUACAAAUAUCUUUAUUAAUUGUUGUAAGUUUUAUCAUAUGAUUGUGAAUCUUAAUAGGCAUAAAAAGGGUAGCUAAUUUUAAAUUAUUCUCUCAUGCCCCCCCCCCCCACCCAGUUGUUGUUGGUUUUUUUUUUUGGGGGGGGGGGGGUUUNUGAAUGGGAAGCCAGUGAAUCUAUUUUGUUAGCACCAAGAUAUAAUUACGCCACAAAUACACUACGGGAAGAGAAUCACAUACUCAUACAUUGAUCAUGAAGUCGUGAAGUUAAUGUUGUCUGAGGCAUUGUCAUUGUGAUACCAAGCGUGUGUCAACACAAAACAACAGUAUGAUGAUAAAUUAUACGAAACACUGCAGUGAUUGUUAAAAGUCUUAUAACAAUAAUUAAAUAUCAUUGAUUUAGUUUUACAUUGGCAUUACACAUUAGUAAAAAAAAUGCCGGCGGAGGGGGGGGGGGAUGCAAAAGGUAAGUUUGUUGUGCGGACGUCCUUUGUGGUCAACCCCUAUCCAGAGCCGUGAUUUGUGUAGCCCCCUUUUUGGUUAAGCAUCUCCCAUAACUCACCCCCACCCCCGGCGAGGAUCGAUUUCUUGACAAAAAAAAAACAACAAAUACAAAAACUUUGACAUAGCGCAAAUCCUGUCCCAAGCCCAUUGUGCAAUGGUUUCUGUGAGAAAACGUCGUGUUUUACCCUGUGAAUAGCACAUGUCAUGCCAUUCUGGAAACAAAUUCCGUCAUGAAAAGGGUAAACGCAGACCUAUGGCUUUGCUAUACAGUUUGCUACCGCUCCGCAAGUUUCUAAAAUCAAGGUGUUUUCAAAAGAUUUGCUGUGAGACUGAGUGUUGUGAAUGAACCUUUGAUAUCGUAUGUGCAUUUUGCCAAUACAUAAGGCUUAGUGACAGCAAGAUGGUUCAAGGUUGAAAUACGACCGUGCACAUUAAUGACAUUAAUAUUCAUAUGGUAUGAAUAUUAUUCAUACUGGUAUUUUCUUUGGGUGUUCGUAAAAGUAAAAUGUAAAUAUUCAACUACAUGAAGAAUGUUGAAAUAUAAUAGAAUAUCACUUAGUCACAUAGUAUUCAUAAUGUUUCUCUUAUACAUGUUACAUACACUAUACAUGCGCUUUCAGAAACUUUAAGUUUGUUUUCAAAUGUCUAAAGUCUUUUUACUAAAUUUACCGGUAUUUUCAAAGUCAAAGGCUGGCACAACUUGUUGAAACACUUAUAUUUAUAUUGUGUAUUAAAUAUAAUAUUUAAACAUAUAUUUAAAUUGUUACAAAAUAUUUUAAAACUAAAAUGGGAGGAAAAACAACUCGAUACCCUACUGGGAAUUGAUCUCAAACUAUAUUACCACCAAGCGUCCACUCUACCACUUGACCACACAAGAUCUUUUCUAACAAGCAUAUCUUAAAACCAGCCCAAUGGUACAUUUUUCCGCGGUGUACCCAGGCUUAAGCCCAUGAUUUCACUAGGUACACCGCCGCGGUUUACGCAGGCCAAAGCCGAUGGUUUCGCUAGGUACACCGCCGCGGUGUACGCAUCUACUUCGUUAAAAUUAAGUUGAAGGAAAAGAUUUGUCACUACCAAAUUUUUUUUGCAUCUGGGGAAUGUAUUGAUCUACAUGUAUGCCAAUUUUCACAGCGAUAAGUGUCUUACGAAAGACACCAUGUUUCUAUGCAUACGCAGCAGGUCAUGCAGUUUGCUCAACCUAAUUUGGCCAUGGGGUGGGCCACGCCCCCCUUUUUAAUGGCGGAAGUUGCCGAUACGUAGGAAAUAUUACUUUAUUACCACUAUUUACAUCAAAAUAUUUGAUAACUUGUGUUUCAGAAUGCAUUUUGAAAACAUUUUAACUGGAAUGUUUUUAAGUUGAGCUUUAACAACCCGGUAGGAUCCAUAUUAUAAAUGAUCAGAAUUUACAGUGUGCAACACGUUGUCAUUGGCAACCAUUCACAGCCACUUGCAUAAUGGCUGUAUCGUAGUACUACCUCAGAGUUUCAUUCAUAAGAGUUUGCCGUGUGCAAAAACUACUAUACCAUUGGUCAUGGAAAGCUUUAAUUAAUUAUUCAUGUGCCAAAGUUGAAAGUUUAAACUAAGUCGACCCUAAACAGUAUUUUAGUGAUAAGGGGAUGUGUUGCCUUAAAUAAACUAUAUAGUCAUUGCGCAUGACGCGAUCAGCGGAAUGAGGUCACAAGAUGUGGAGGUUUCGUCCAUAGUAAAAAAUACCAAACGAACUCACACUUUAAAAAUUCAUAGCUCAAAAAAUACUUAAGCUAAAAAGUUGAUUCUGGUUUCAUUUUUUUAUUUGAAAUUUGCUCUAACUGUGUUAUUAAAAAAAUUAUUUCAAUUUUUUUAAAUUUUGUAUUCAAGUGCCUAAGGUUAGGCAUAAAGUAGGGACCUCGGUAUGGACCGGAAAUACCCGAACAACAGGUAUCGUAUUUUCGUUGUCAUAAUGGCGACCUCUACUUUUUAAUUUACUGAGGGUAUCGUUGUUUCGCGUUUUAUAAUCAAUUUUUAGCAUAAAAAUAUAAUUUUACUUUCGAUAAUUACUUAAAGCAGACAUCUUUCCUGUUAUAUUAAGAGUUCGUUUGAUUUUUUGGGUCAAGAUUAAAGCUUUGAAAAUUGAAGUUAAAAAUUGGUCAACUUCACUCAAUAAUAACUUUUUUUUUUAAAUGCGCUCAAUAAUAAAAAAACUCUGCUCAUAUAAUUUAUAGGUUCAUUUACAACAUAUCCAAAAUUCAUGAGUGUAGACCUUGGGUUGGCUUCAAAAACGAAUUUCCAAGAUGUCAUUUUUUUAAGGCUAUGUAAUUUGUCAUCAUGGCCACCGUGCUUGUCUGCUUAUUUCCAAUUAUUGAUAGCAGCCGUGGGGUAAUUAAUAAUUCAUUAAGUUGGUUAUCCAGAGUGUGUAUGGGAAAUAUAACUAAUAAUAAAUCAUUUUAUAUAAAUAAAAAAUGUUCUAUAAAAUAAAUAAUUAUUAUUGGCUUAUUGAAUAUCAGUGAUUUUAAUUUUUGGGUUGGUUGCCAUGGACCUGGCUGACACUGACAUGGGAUUGAUAAGCUCUUGUCUUUGACUUAGAUAGUGAUAGGCUUAGUAAAAGUAUUAUAAUAGUAAUUAUACUAUUAUAAAUGAUUUAAGGAGUGGAAUAAAUAGCUUUUAUUACAACUAAUAUAUUUAUCAUUUAUAUUAGUUUAUAUAUAUAUAGAUAAAUAUUUAUUUGUAUAUAUAUAUAUAUUAUAUAGAUAAUGACCAUAGGCUAUAGGCCUUGUAUACAUAUAGUAUAAUACAAAGUGUACUUUAUCAGGAUUAAGGCCUAGACCCAACCCAACUAAUUUGUAGGGCCUAUUAUAAUAAAUUAUAUUAUAUGAUAUUUUAGGAUUUGUAAUAAAAUUUUAACGAAUAUUGUGAUUCUUACUUAAGGCAUAAACUAAGUAAAACAUUUUAAAAUAUUCACUUACCUUUAAGAUUUAAAUAUCCUAUAUUUAAUCACAUAUCACAAUAUUCCACAAGAGAAUUAUUAUAUAAUCCUCAGUUUCUCAAAGAAAAAACACACUUUCUGGCACUACAAUCCAAGAAUUACUUAAGAUAUUAUUACUAAAGAACAAUCAUAAAAACCUGUACUUACCUCUAGUAAAUGACUAGAACUUAUUUUAUUAACAGCUAAAGUCAAAGUUGAUUCUAAUAAUACAUGUUGAUUUGUAAAACAAGAUAACAAACUUAAAAUAAAUGACAUGCUGAUUGUUUUGUCAUACUCAUAGGAAUAAUAUAUAUAGUAUACAUAUGUAGAAAAUGGUAACAUAAAAAGUGUAAUUGUCAAUUUUAAAUAAAUAAAACAAAAAAUCCCUUUAUUAUUUGUUUAUGCUUAUAAAUGCUAUACAAUUCCACAGAAAAUCUGCAAAUAAUAUCUAAAUAAUAUUAUUAUGAUUUUUGGGAAAUUAAAAACAAAAUUAAAACAAAAUUUUAAUUAAUUACAAAUAAGUGACGAGUCAGUAUUUUUAUACAUUUUUGAUAGGUAAAUAACAAAAUUUUUUUUUUUACUAUUUGCGGCACAUUAACAAAAACGAACAUAUAUUUUGUGGCUUUAUUUAGAAGUACUCUUAUUUAACUAUGUUCCCUGUAAAUAUUAUAUUUUUGUCUCAUUUUAUAAUAAAGUUAUAGGCGUUAAAAAAAAUGCAAAAUGAGCGUCACAAAAUGUGGAGGCAAAUCCCAUAGUAAAAAAGUGGUUUUGAGGUCUCUACUAAAAAAAAUCAUAACUUUUGAACCACUUGAGCUAGAAAGUUGAUCUUGGUGUUUUUGUUAUCUAUUCUCCAGGUUCUAUACAGCUGUAGUGUUUUUAUAUUUUUAAAAAAUGUUUUGAAAUUUUCAUCAAAGUGACUACAUAGAGAUCGAUUUAGGGAUACAUUAGUUAUUAAUGACAUAUUUAACUGGUUGUGUCAACCAAGAUGGCGGCCAUCGCAGGCAUUAUUCUCAACAUUUACCAAAUUUAAUAUGAUCAUUUUCAUGUCGACCAAAGUGACAAGUGAAGAAGCCGUGGCGUAACUACUUGUUUUUUACAGUGUGGAAAAAUAAAGAUUUAGAGUAGGUACUUUGAUAAAAAAAUUAAAACUUUUUUUUGUAAAAAUAAACCAAGGCAUAGUUGUAGAUGCUGCGGUAAAGCAAGGGAGACUACUUCAAAAUUUUGUAUCGAAAAAGGGCGUCGGCGCAGUAAAAUCCAACUUUUUAAUUUUUUAAAGUGAGCUUCAAUUAAUUAUUUAAAUGAGUCCUUUUGACAUAUAAUUGACUUCCACUUCCACCUUUUCACUUUCGAAGACAUCUUGGCCUACAUUUCCAUCCAGCUGUUUUGCUUUUUCAAUCCACCUUUAUUUUGAAAAAUCUUUGGUAUAAAAAUAAGGCAUCUUCGCAUACAAAAUUUUUUGUGAAAUAAAAGGAAAAGGUCUUUCAUAUUAAAUAGUGAAAAGCAUUAGAUAUUGACAUUUAAGUACAUGUGCCAAUUCUCAUUGAUGUAGGUCGUGUCCGACAUUUGUUAUGCUUGUUCCCGUGACCCACAUCACCAUAAGGUCGCUCAGCCUAAUUUGGACAUUGUGUGGGCCACGCACACUUUUUAAUGGCGGAAGUUGCCGAUACUUAGGAAAUAUUUAAUUAUUACAACUAUUUACAUCAAAAUAUUUGAUAACUUGUGUUUCAGAAUGCAUUCUGAAAACAUUUAUCCUGGAAUGUUUUAAUUUAAGCUUUAAAAACCCUGUAGAGUCUAUAUUAUAAAUCAGAAUUUUCCGUGUGCAACUCGUUGUCGUUGGCAACCAUUCACAGCCACUUGCAUAAAGGCUAUAUCGUAGUACUAUCUCAGUGUUUCAUUCAUAAGGGUUUGCCGUGUGCAUAAACUAUUAAACCAUUGGUCAGGGAAAGCUUUAAUUAAUUAUUCAUGUGCCAAAGUUGAAAGUUUAAAAUAAGUCGACCCUAAACAGUAUUUUAGUGAUAAGGGGAUGCGUUGCCUUAUAUAAACUAUAUAGUCAUUGCGCAUGACACGAUUAUUUUUUUCGAGGUUAAAGCUUUGAAAAUUGAAGUUGAUAAUUGGUAAACUUUACUUAUCAAUAACUUUUUAAAAACUGGUCCAAAAAAAGAAAAAGGUUUCUUUAAUUUUUAACAUCAUUUAUACAUAUCCAAAAUUCAUGAGUGUAGACAAGGGAGUUUGGUCAAUAACAGAGGAUUUGGUAAAAAAAUACAGGGUUUGGUCAAAAACUAAAUUUUAAGAGGUCAUUUUUUUAGGCUUUGUAAUUUGUCAUCAUGGCCCCCAUGCUUGUCUGCUUAUUAGCAAUUAUUUAUAACAACCCUUUGGCAGUUAACAAUUCAUUAAAUUGGCUAUCCAGAAUAUAAAUGAUGAAAAAUGUUUUAUAACAUAAAUAAUUAUAAUUGACUAAUCAAAUAUCAGUGGUUUAAUUUUGGUGUUGUUUGACAUGUGGACAUGGGAAUUGAUAACCACUUGUCUUUAACUUAGAUACGCCUAGUAAAAGUAUUAUAAUAGUAAUAAUAUUAUUAUAAAUUAUAUUUGGAGUGGGAUAAAUAGCCUUUAUUACAACUAACAUAAUUAUAUUAGUUUAUAUCUUUAUAUAUAUUUAUGUAUAUACUUAUAUAUAUACACACAUAUAUUUAUAUUUACAUAAAUACACACACACAUGUAUAUACCGUAGUUAAUGGCGUAAAACACUCACCGGCUUAUAACAUGCAGCUCAUUUUAAGAAGGAAAUUUCAGGGGAAAAAAAACUCAAAUUAUAUCGGCGUAUAACACGAACACAUCAUUUGCCCCCUAUUUUCAGGGAGAAAAAGUGUGUGUUGUAAGCCAAUAAAUACAGAAUAUACACACAUGGCCUUUAGGCCUAGUAUAGUAUAUAGUAUAGACAUAGCUCUAACCCAAAUUAUUAUUUUUAGGUCCUAUUCUAUUCUAAUUAAUUAGGUAUAAUUAUAUUUUAGGCUAUGCAAGUGUAAUCAUAUUUAUUGAAUAUUAAUAUUAUGAUUGUUAAGGCAUAAAUUUAGUAUCUAUCACCCCUUAAAGUUAUUCUAUCAAUACACGUUGAUUUGUUAAACAAGUUUACAAUCUUAAAGUGAAUGACAUACUAUUUUUUUUGUCAUAUUCAGACAGACAUAAGACAGGGACUAAAAUACAUACAUAUAUAGAAAAUGGUAAAAUAAAAAGUGUAAUCAUCAAUUUUAAGUAAAUAAAACAAAUAAUCCCUUUAAUAUUUCAUUGCACUUAUAAGUGUUGACAUUCCACAGAAAAUGGGAAAUUAAUAUCUAAAGAAUACAAUUAGUAUUAUGAUUUUGGGGAAAUUAAAGAAAAAAUAUUUAAACAAAAUUAAUUAAUUAAUUCCAAAUAAAGUCAGCAGAUUUUAUACAUUUUUAUAGGGAAAUAAUAGUUUGUUUUUUUUAAAUUUGCGGCAUAUUAACAAAAACUAACUUAUAUUUUGUGGCUUUAUUUAGAAGAACUCUUAUUUGGCUAUCUUCCCUGUAAAUAUUAUAUUUUUGUCUCAUUUUAUAAUAAAGUUAUAGGCGAUUUAAAAAAAAAAUAUAAAAAAAAUGAGGUUCACAAAAUGUGGAGGAAAACCCCAUAGUGAAAAAGUGGUUUUGAGGUCCCUCCUCAAAAAUUCAUAAUUUUUGAACCACUUGAGCUAGAAAGUUGAUCUUAGUGUUUUUUUUAAUCUAUUCUCCAGGCUCUAUACAGCUGUAGUAUUUUUAUAUUUUUAAAAAUGUUUUGAAAUUUUCAUAAAAGUGCCUAAUAUUUAUAUUUCAACAUCCCUAUUACUCUCUUCAGUAUUAUUUUUUCUUUAAAUAGAGCUAUACAAAUAAUCACUCGUCAUCAUAGUAUACUUUAUUAAACUAUUUAAUAUUGUACUUUCUACUCCUCACUCACUUCCCUUAUCACUCCUGUCUCAGGCAGUCCAGGGACUACAUAUACCAUAUCAUACUGUUGUAUGCUUUACCAGUAUCAUGCCAUUGGCUGUUGGGGCUGAUGGGCAGUUUGAUGACAUAUCCAUCUUUAAAAAAAGGGCUUAAAGCCUUGCACAAGACGUAUACUAUAUCAGUGCUGUCCAACCUUUUUGACUCUGGGGGGCCAAAUUUUUUCCACAUUAAGCCAUGGGCAGCCCAUGACAUCUUAAAAGAAAUGUAUAUUUUGUUACUUUCUUUAGAAAAUUAUACAAUUUAUUUACACUUCUUACCUAUCUCUGUUAACAUUAUUAUCUAAACAAAUCAAAACUUUAGCACAUCUUCAAUGCUAUAUUUGGCUUUUACUUGAACUUGCAAUCUUCUUAAUUUGCGUCUGGUAAAAAGUGACUGCUGCCCUUAUUAAGUUUACUAAAUGUUUGUCAAUCAAAGCAUUUCGUUUUUUGGACUUGAUGUUGGUCAUUAUAGAGAAUCCAGCUUCACAGACAUAGAUGCUUUCAAACAUCUUCAAUACCUUUUAACUACAAUUCAAUAGUUGUGGAAAUUCAUUUGAAGGUCAUCCAGAAUUCACUUGCCGAUGUGUUCUUAUGUUUUUCAUGAAGAGCCAUGUUAUGCUGAAUCUUGAUGAUUUCAAGCUGCACUGCACCUUCUUAGCUCCUAGUGAAUAAUGUCAUCUUUGUGGCUACAAUGUAGAUAUCAAACGUAAAGCGUUUUUCAACAAAAAGUAAAACUGGAGUAAGACUGCUUUAAAAUGAUCUCGUAAAUCUAACUUCAACCUUUCUAAAUUAAUUCGUUCACUUGGGACCAGCUCUAGAAGUUGUUGUGCAGCCUUUGCAAGGGCUGGGAAAUGAGUAAAAUUUGAAUGAUUCAGUUGAGUGAUGAAAAAGUCCAGCUUAGAUUUUUAAAAAGAAAAAGUUCUUUCAUCAGCGUCAGUAAGAUUUGAAAACACCCAUGCCGUUUUAAAUUUGAUUUAUUAAGGUGGUAUGUGAUGUCAUUUAAAAAAGCUAGCCUUUAAAUAAACGGGGCGUUUCCACCUAAUUUAACAAAUCGCCCUUUGUUUUGGACCUGAAAAACAGUUUUACUUCUUCCAUUAUAUGCCAGCAUCUGACCACCGCCACUUUCCCCUUUCCUCAGCCAACAAACAGUAUGAAGAACAAAAACCCCCCAAAUUCCUUUGAUAUUCUUCUUUGAAAAAGUCUUAAACUGCCGGUGAUUUAAAGGAUUAGCUUGAAUGAAUUUUUUUUAAAAUUUCACUACACUAUCCAUAACAUAUUGCAGUAUAUCAUCUUUCAGCUUUAAGUAAAGAGAUUGCUGGUGAAUUAUACAAUGAUACGCUUGAAUGUCUUAAAUAUGAUUGCCAGACAUCAGCAAACCAAUCAGGCCAACUCUCCUGCCCACCAUUGCUGGAGCACCAUCUGUUGUAACUGAAAUAAGCUUCUUCAAAUCAAUACUAUUCUUUGAAAAAACAUUUCUUCAGUGCCUUAUAGACAUCCUCAUAGACAGGGGCUGUAUUUUUCAAUGGAAGUAGGGCCAAUAAUUAGUCUUUAAAUGCAUGUUCCAUGUCAAAUCAAACCCAAACAAUAAGUUGGGACUACGUCAGUGACAUCACAUGAUUCAUCCAACGCAAGACUGAAACCAAAUCAUUUUUCAAAUCAUGAAGCAGCUGCUCAACUAAAUCCCCAGACACACUUUCACCACAUCAUUUCUGGUGAGAAAGCUGAAAAUUAGAUAUUUGUUAUUUCUUUUAAUUUUAUAUUUCUUCCUUGUUUUUAAAUUCAGCAAAUAAUGGAUCUGCACAUUCUUGAAAACAAAGUUGUACAGUUUCACCAUCUGAAUAUGGUUUUUGCUUGUCAGCUAACAUCCAGCUAAUAUUAAAAGAUGCUUCAGUAGCACACUCACUUGAGCUCAUAAUCCAACGAAAAACAUUUCGCCUGCCAUUCACAUCCUUUUUAAAAUAAAUAACUUGUUUGUCUCUUAACUCUGUUCCAAUUGGAUACUUUUUCUCAACAUCUGCAUGCACUGACUUCUGGUGUCUCUUCAGGUUGGCCAUUUUCUUAACAGAAAUAGAAGUCUGGCAUAUAUAACACACUGGAUUUUUUAUUUAAAAAAUACAAACAAAAAAUCUUGAUCCCAUGAAGUGUUAAUAGUACAGUUCUAGUUCUAUUCUCUAACUUUCCAUUUUUUACUUGCCAUUUUGGCUUUUUUUUUUUUUAAAGAAAUAAAAAUGCUUUCAAGAAUUGUUCAUACUAUCUCUCAGAAUUUCUCCCUGAGUGAAUUGCACUAACUCCAAACACAGCAUUUAGCCUGCUUUCUACUCCUAGAACUGAUCAUACUCUAAUCAUUGAAUAUCAGGUAUUAGUCUGAAAAAUACUGAAUGGACAUCGUACUCUCACCUGGACAGACUGCAUAUUUUGUUUCAACUGGUUCACAUUCCCUUCCAGUCAUCUUGUUUACAUUGCCCUCCAGUCAACUGGUUCACAUUCCCCUCCAGUCAUCUUGUUUAUAUUCCCCUCCAGUCAACUGGUUCACAUUCCCCUCCAGUCAUUUGCGACACCUUGAGUACCCCAGAUCUCAUCUAGUUAACUCCUAUCUUAUUGUUAUCUUAUAAAGCCCAGUCAUCUUAAAAGGUGGUGCUCACUUAUCUAGUUCAUCUAAACCUGUCCCUUUGGAGUGCAUGGACAUAUUUACGAUGACCAGCUAGCUACACAUCAAGUUACCAUACUUUGUGUCCAAAUUCAUCACACACACACACCCACCCCACCCCUUUUUGGUUUUUUUUUAUGCCAUUCCAAGAAGCAGAAAGGUGAAGUGAGAAGUUAGUAUCUAAUUUCAUGUCACCCCCAAGUUCCCACAUUCUUUAUCUGCUGAAGACCAUAACAUAAAUUACUGCUACCUGUCCAGCUUCUCUCUCUUUUUGCCACACCCCUUCUUUUUUUUGUUCCAAUGUCACCACUUCUCCUUUGCUCUCAUGCAAUUUCCCAACAAUACUGAAUCACUGAAUGUCUUGGGAUUUUGUUUAUUCUGUCUAAAUCUGAUUUUUUUUUGGGGGGGGGGGGGGUUUGUUGGGGGGGGGGGGGGGGGUUUUGUUGCACAAAUGGUCAAAAUGUCUCAAGCUAUGGAGGGCCAUUUAAAAACUCAGGCUGCAUGAGGGCUGUUGGCUGGACAGCACUGGCUUAAAUAAUCAGGGGUCAAGUCUUGGGGGAAAAAAAAGACACACACCCCAGUUGUGAUAAAUUUGUAUUUAUUUCUCAAUAAAUACAGUCUGCAAUAAUUAUUAUAUGGAAAAAGUACAGGGACACUGUUCCAAUGCAUUCCCUCAGCACUCAAGCCCUGUAAAUAUUUGGGUCCACCAUAAGUUAAAGUCUUGUGUACAUAUCAGCUUUUCUGAACAACUCCUGUUAAACUCCUAGUAUAUUUACACAGGAUAAAAGAACAAGUCUUUCAUCAAUAAUCAAUUCCAGCGUGAAAAAAAAUCAUAAGUUUAACAAUUUAUUUAACAAUUUACAAAGCAAAUGUAUAAACUUGUGAUUCUCCUGGGAUGCUAACAAAAUUUUACUAUUGCUUAACAAACUCUUUAGUUCAGAAGAUUUUCAUUCUGCACCUUUAUUUAAAGAUAAAAUAUUUUCUUUUCACUAGCUCGGAGUAGGCCCUUUUUUGUUUAUUGCAUUCAAGCAGCAUUUAGAUGUUCAUGUUGUACUUAAUGCCUACCAUUGAUGAGAAUUAAAUAUAAUAUUAAGGCUGCCCAGUUACAUAUUUAGGAUUCAUGAUUUACAUGUUUUUCAAACCAAAGGAUACCAAAAUAUCUACAGGGCGGCUUUUUAAAAAAACAAAAAAACACUUUAUUAUCUCUAAUUGUAUCUUUUUGUUUUACUGAUAUUUUAGAUUAUCAGCAUACCUCGUCAGGAGCAGGCUAUAAGUCAUCUUACUCGCAUCAAUACAACACAACUCACUACAGUGCAGAAACACAAGGGGGGCAGUAUGCAUCAUCUGCACCUGGUCAGUAUGAAUUUGCAUACACAACUGACCCGUAUCCUCAAGCGACAGGUAAAUCAUUACUUCUUUCAAGAUUUUAUCCAGACUGCCUUUUUGUUAGGGUUUUGUUUCUGUGUUACUGUGAAUCUUGACAAGUUAUCCUUUUAUUAAAAUGUAGAAAUGAAAUCUUUUCUUACGACCUUGACAUAUAUAUUUGUAUACACCAGUCAUCCUAGAUUUCUUUCCUCCUUUUACAGCUUCUGUGCCAACAAAUUAUAACCAGUUGGGUUAUGACAGCCAAAAUGCCUCAGCCAGCACUAAUUAUGCCCCAGCCAGCACUAAUUAUGCCCCAGCCAGCACUAAUUAUGCCCCAUAUUCCUAUAGCCAAGAGAGUGCCAGAGUUGAUCAGUCUCCUGUAGGAUACGAUAAUGUUUCCGUUGGCUAUCAGCCACCACCACCUAUGUACGCAAACCGCUCGGUUCACGAUCCUCCCAGUCAGACUCCAACAGAUUUUGGUUCAUACACCUACCAGCAGGCAGAGUACAAUCCACCUGCAAGGUCAUAUCAAGACAGCCAAGAUUACGCCGGCUCAUAUCAGCCAAGUGCAACUUCUGGGAGCUACAGCUACCAGGAGACACCAGCAUACACACAGAGCGGCUGGACUAGUUCCAACCAGUAUGGAGAGUCCUCAAAUCCAGCCACUUUUUACAAUGGUAGUGUUAACUACGAGCACAAGAAACCUUUUGAAAAUGCUGAACUUCCUGUGACACCCACUGGAUAUUUUGACAGCAGGACUUCUGCACAUGAUGACUACUUGCCCAGGUCUGAAACUUACCCUUCUAAUGACAGGUAUUCUGUAGCAGAGCGCUCAAAUGAGUUCUCGGUAUAUAAACCCGAUCCUGUGAAAUCAUUUACUUUGCAACAGAAUUAUGACACUGACAGCCCCGGUCGAUAUAACCGAAGUUCCAAUCAGACAAAUUUGAGGGCUGAACUUAAUUAUUCCAGUGCAAAAACUCUUGAAGUGGUCAAUGCUCUCACUGGUCUGUUGGACAAUCUAAAUGCACCGAGAGAUGCUGUCCGUGGGGCAGGUAGGGGUGGGAUUCGAGGUUUAGGUAACAGAUUUGGAAACAGAGGAGGCGACAGGCAUUAUAACAGGGAAAAUGGUGCCGCACAAGCUCCAAGAAAAUUCCCAGUGAAGACGGAAGCUCGCCCAAAGGGACCAUCGUCAUUUGGUCAGCGUGGAUCUAUGCAGAAAGGACAUUCUGAAAAUUUCGCCGGUAGAGGCGCACCUGGCCAUCGUGGGAGCCAGCCAAGAUUCUCCAACAAGCCGACAGGUUUUGAUGCCAGGAGUAGAAUAAAUGAAGUGAGAAGCAUGAAUGCUACUUCUGGUAAAGUCACCAACCGACCAUUUAAGACUCAGAAAACACCUACUAAAAAAGGUCCUGCUCAGACUGAGACAUUCAAAGCCCCAUCAAGACCACAGGACCGGCUUUUAAAUGAAAUUGAAGAGAGGGAAAAAGCCAAGAAAGCUGAAGAGCAAAAGAAAUCUCCAGAAGAGCUAAAGAGAGGAGAAGAGGAGGCCAGGAGAGCCGCAGAAGCCGCUAAGAAACUAGCAGAGGAGGAAUUUCGUAAAAAGCUGGCCGAAGAGGCUGUGAAGGCGGCUCCCCCUAGUAAGCCCCCGGAGACUCCCGAAGAAAUAGCCAGGGAGGAAGAGAUCCAAAGAAAGAUCCGUGAGUCUGUUGUUAUUAUCAGUCCUGAACAGGAACUGGCUUUGUUGAAGGAUGAUCCCAGCAAGGAUGUUGAGAUGCCAGACCAGCUGCGGAAGCUUCUUAAAACACUAGCCACCAAUUACCUUUGUAAGCUUUGUAGUGUCAGGAUUGUGGGCCCGCAGAUGGCUACAAUGCACUACAAUGGCAAAAACCAUCUGAAAAAACUGCGUAACUUUGUCCAGACUAAUGGCCGGUCAGCUGGGUUUAACAUGGAGACGUCAGAAAAAGCUGACGUUGUAAAGAAGCAGGGAGAAGUGAAGACAGAAAUUGUGGAGAUGACGGUAAUUGAGACCGCCCUGAAAAGGCGGUCAGGUCAAGGUUGAUUCGCCAUAAUGUAUUGCUUUUAACAUGCCAAUUAAAGGGUUGUCCAUUAAGAGGGCUCCCUAUUGUUUUUGACCUAAGCUAAAUGAGAUAGUUUUGUGCCUUUAACAUAUUUAAAAGCAGAGUUUUAUGGCUUAUCAACUCUGACCUUAAUACCGUGAAAUAAGAUUAGAGAUUUUUACUCAACAGCCAUGUUUUUUUUUAAGCGGUUGCUCUCUUCUUUAAGAUGCUUUCAUACAAUUUUAACACCCUCACCCCCCACAAAAAUGCUUUGAGUAAUAAUCUGAAAUCUUUUUUCCUGAAAUUUGUUAUCUUGAUUACCGGUUCCAAACAAAAUGCUAAGCACAAUUUCAGUUCAGUAUGUGGUGAUGAAACAAAUGAUUCUUUGGACUUAAGUAAGAUAUUUAUUAUGGCAUCUUUGAAGUUCAAUUCUGAACUGGAACUGCGUCAGUGUACUGCAGGUGUGGUGUGGUCCUCUUAUUUAACUAUUAUUUUAACACCUGCUAUUAGUGAGUAACAAGCCUCCGAUAACCCAAAACACUAGAAACUAGAAGCAGAGCUGUUCAUCAAACAUUUGAUUUUUUUAAAAGUUUAUAGAAAUAUCCUUUUGAAAGGGUUCAAGAGAUGAAAAGUCCAUGCUUCUUCACCUGCUUUAUAAGUAUGUAAACUACAACAAAGAAACACCAUUUAAAGGUGAUACAAAGUUUUUGUUUAUUAAUAAUUUUUUUAUUAGAAACCUUAAGUCGGUCUUUGAUAAAUAUUUAAUUUAUCAUAUUCAAAAUGUUCCCCUUUAUUGAAGGGGGGAAAAAAAUGUUUGCUCAGAAAUUAAAGUGUGCAAUAUGUAUAGUGUUCAAAGACAGCACUAUAAAAUCACCUGAGACCCUUUCUGGGAUGAUGAGACUGUAAGCAGAAGCAUCAAUGUCUUUAAUAGUCUCAUUGCUACUCUCAUCAAAUGAGGUAACAAUUUUAUUCACUUGACACCAUGCCUUCCUAGGUCUUGACUAAACACCUCUUUGUAGAUGUACAUGUCUUAAGGAUGUUCCAUUGGUUUUGCUUAACCUGGUGCCCCCACUACAUCUAAUAUAAUUUUUGUAAUUGAACUAUUUUUGCAUGACACUCAUUUCCAGUGGAAUUCAGUUAAGUCAUAAUAGCUGUUUUAUUGAUCAAAGUAAACUAACCCUAAACAAAUCUCAACUUGAUUGAGUAAUUUGCAAUUUUUACUGACAAGUCAUUACUGAGAAAUUCCAAUAGUUAAGAAGUAAAUUUGGUAGUUUACAAUAAGUGUUGUUAGAAUUAUAUUAGAGCAAGACCUUAGAGCAAGACCUACCAUACACAGAUUCCAAUGUCUUUUCAUAAAUAGCAAAAAAUUGUUGGAUGUUAUUUAGAGGGUAAUAAUUGCAAACUGAAUUCCACUGCAAUACAGAGUUGCCUAAAGAGAGAUACCUUUGUGAAACAUCUAGUUAACAAAAAUGAAGACUACAUUUAUUUUCUUCCUUUUCAGUAAAUUAUGAGCUAAUGUUUUUGUGAGGUCUUCCAUGUAUCAUAUAGUCGCUGAGCCGAGCGAGAUUAUGAUUUUUAUAUCUUCAGUGUUAAUAGGAAGGUGUUUUUUGACAAAUGGAUGUAUAUGUAAAAGUAUUGAAGUUGUAGUGUCAUAAAAUAUGGCUGUCAUCUGGCAACAACAAAAACUCUACUUAGUUGGUGGCUGAUUGCUAGUAGCAUACUGUCCCUCUCCCCCCUCCCCAUCUUCUCUAUAAGCCAUUUCAGUAUAUUUAUUUAUAACAUAACAGCUUUUAAAAAUAUUCUGUUUUGUUAUAAAUUAACAAUUUUCCCAAAUUUAAACCAAAAAAAAUUACUUGGUAGUUUCAGUACAUGUCAAACUGACCUAUUUAUCUUGGGAUUAAAUUAAAAUAUAAGUUUUUCUGUUGUUUUUUUUUUUUUUUAAUGAAUGAGAUAUUUAACGUGGUGGGGGGGACAAAUAAAGUAACUUUGAUAUGGAUAUUAUUGAUCACAAAUAACAUUCUUUGCAAGAAAAAGUAUAUAGUUAUUUGAUGCAUUAAAAAAAUUAAAAUAUAAGUUUUUCUGUUGUUUUUUUUUUUUUUAAUGAAUGAGAUAUUUAACGUGGUGGGGGAGACAAAUAAAGUAACUUUGAUAUGGAUAUUAUUGAUCACAAAUAACAUUCUUUGCAAGAAAAAGUAUAUAGUUAUUUGAUGCAUUAAAAAUAACAAGAUAAGUGUGUGUGGGGGUGGGGGGAUGUCUAGAUAAUAUAAGAAUUACCUCUCAAACAUCAUUUUACACAAUUUUUUUUUUAAAAAUCAGUUGAUUUAAAAAAAAGAAAUACAUUUCUGUUUAGUAGACUCCAAAAUGUCCGGCCCUCAGUUUCUGGCAAAAAUCCUAUUUAAUUUUGUCCUCUUAUCCUAAAAUUGUCUUGCCAAGGUUUUCAAGCAGUUCCAUUUCAGAAAGUAAAUGAAAUUUUGAACCAAAGAUGGAAUGUGGGCAACCUCCAGCCACAUGGGGCCCAUUAAAACAUUUAAUCAGACCCAUAAGAGCUUAGGGGAACUGAAUACAUUUUUUGUAAAAUGUACGAAAUAUGUGAAUUCUUAUAUGUGAAAGCGUUGAAAAUUAAUAAUAAAAGUAAAAAUUGUCUAACUGUAAAUAAAAUAAAUCACGUCAAAUAAAUGACAUGUUGUUGAAUUGAACGUGGAGUAAAUUUUAAAAGCUGACCUUUAUUGAUUUAUAUUAAAAAUUAUCAUGCUGCUUGCGAAAUUUUGUUAUAUUUAUUUAGCCUCCUGCAAAAAAUCAAGUUGUCCACCCCUGUUAGUAAACUCUUCAUUUUCAAGCAUGAGAGAGGAGGGGGGCUUAUACUUAAAAGAUAAUCGUAUUUAAAGUAGCUGUGAAACCAAUGAAGGGCAGGUGCCAUGUGCCAGGAUCAUAAGAAAAUAGAAAGGGAUCGUGGACCAUGAAAAUGCACACAUCACAUUUUGUUUCGCAAUUACUAUUUUAAAAAAUUUAAUGUGAUGAAAAAAAUGUUCUAUAUUUUAGUAAAAAUAUUUUCCUCAAUAUUUUGUUGAGGUCCCAGUUGAGCCAUUCCUGAUAAAUUGAGUUUACUUUAUUUGAUGUACCACAGGCUUUGCUGCUGCAAAUUUAGUUCAGUAAAAUAUUGUGUUACAUUGAUAAAACAAAGUGUGAGAGGUUUUCCUUAUGUUAAACACUCGAAAGGAACCUUUGAUGCCUCUGAUCAUGUUGUUUAUGAUUAGACUUGUUCAUUUAACUGUUGAAAAUGUUGCAGCAUUUUUUAAAAUGUUGCAAUUUUUUCAACAAGCUUUCAGUAAGCCUUGGUACAGAGGUCUUCAAAUUAUCUGACAGAAAGCAGUAAUGGGCCCAUUAUCAUAGACAAAUUUAUUUCAACUUAAGUUAGCUGUGACUAUCUAAAUCAUAUUUUUUUAAUAGUUCUCUAAUUGAUUCAUGCAUAAGAAUAUUUAAGGUAUUGUUGAAAGCCUAAUAGAAAAAAAUAAAAUUUUACCAGAAGUUCUUUCUUGUUUUAUGAUCAUGUUACAUACUGGUAAAUAUAUUUAUAUAUAUAUUUUUAAAAUAGUUUUCUUAUCAUAUUCACACAAUAAAUUUAUCAGUAAAUACAUUACUACAUACCAGGUUUAUUUCAUACUAUUUUACAACCACAUGGGAUUAACAGGAAUUAGAUUGUCAGGUAAUGAGAAGACCACUUGUCUCAGUUGGCAGUUAAGAAACUAAAGUGAACUUGUUAUGCCAGCAUUUUCCCACUUAAUGAGCCUUUGAAAAAAAUUGUAUUUGAUAAUUCUAGUGGUGCCAUGAUUAUAAAAUUUAGGGUUUAAGAGGGGAGCGGGUCGGGGGAAUGGGAGAUUGUAUACCAAGGUCAUGUGUACCUAUUUAUUUUGUUUAUUCUUAAUUUAAACUUUAUCCAGCACAGUUUAUGAAACCGAUAAGCUGUUUUAACAUUUAAAUUAAACAAAACUAAUUAAAAUAAAACUUUCAAAGGUUACAAUUAAUUAUCAGUUCCAUUAAUUUUUCAACAUUACGUUUUUUUAAAAUUAUUUCACCAUAACUGACAUUCUGUCGAGACCAAAGUUAGAAAAAUGCUGUCCUCACCUCUUUGUUUUUUUUAUGUCUUAAUUUGAAAAAUAAUUGGCUGCGUAUACAAAAAAAGUUAUCUCUCCUCUAUAAUCUUGAUGUAUGAACAAUCACUCUUUAUUAUGAAAAUGACUUAAGUUUAAUCAUUCGAUAUGUCAUACUUAAAUUACGUCCCUUUAAUUGAUUAAUCACAAAAUUCUUCUUCACGGCAGCUGAGAUCUACCUUUUACAAUGGUGGUGUUUUUUAAUGCUAAAAAUAAGUUUUCCUAACAGUGAUAUUAUUUAUUGAAAUACAUUUUUUUAUACUUAAAAGACUUUACUUUGCACUUCAGACUUACUGCUUUGUUUAAGAUCUUUGCAGUAUUUCUUACACAACAUCCCUACUGACUUGAAGUGUAUGAACAACAUGCCUACUGGCUUGAAGUGUCUGACACAACAUGCCUACUGGCUUGAAGUGUCUGACACAGCAUGCCUACUGGCUUUAAGUGUCUGACACAACAUGCCUACUGGCUUGAAGUGUCUGACACAACAUGCCUACUGACUUGAAGUGUCUGACACAAAGCCUGUUUCAUUCAUCAACAUCCAUCCAAAGUGCUUCCAAUCCAUCAUCUCUCAUCCCUCCCUACCCACUCUUCUGCCAUAUAGGUAUUGAAGUUAACUACUGCUAGGGAUAUCCUUGCUAGGGAUAUAACAGUUUCUAGUUUAUAAAAUAGUGUGAAGGGUGUAGUUUGUUGUGAUGGGUGAAGUGUGUUGUGAUGGGUGUAGUUUGUUGUGAUGGGUGUAGCAGACCUGUUUACCCUCAAACUCUUAAAAUCGUACAAUAUCAUCACAAAAUCGUUCAAUACCUUAUAUUUAUAGUAAAAUAUAAACAUACAGUAUACAUAAUGUAUACACCUCAAAAUCCUAUAUUGUACGCCAAAAUCGUAAGAAUAAACAGGUCUGGUGUAGUUUGUUGUGAUGGGUGUAGUUUGUUGUGAUGGGUGUAGUUUGUUGUGAUGGGUCUGGUUUGUUGUGAUGGGUGUAGUUUGUUGUGAUGGGUGUAGUUUGUUUUGAUGGGUCUGGUUUGUUGUGAUGGGUGUAGUUUGUUGUGAUGGGUGUAGUUUGUUGUGAUGGGUGUAGUAUUUUGUGAUUGGUCUGGUUUGUUGUGAUGGGUGUAGUUUGUUGUGAUGGGUGUAGUUUGUUGUGAUGGGUGUAGUUUGUUGUGAUGGGUGUGGUUUGUUGUGAUGGGUGUGGUUUGUUGUGAUGGGUCUGGUUUGUUGUGAUGGGUCUGGUUUGUUGUGAUGGGUGUAGUUUGUUGGGAUGGGUGUAGUUUGUUGGGAUGGAUGUAGUUUAUUGUGAUGGGUGUAGUUUAUUGUGAUGGGUGUAGUUUAUUGUGAUGGGUGUAGUUUGUUGUGAUGGGUGUAGUUUGUUGUGAUGGGUGUAGUUUGAUGUGAUGGGUGCAGUUUGCUGUGAUGGGUGCAGUUCGUUGUGAUGGGUGUAGUUUGUUGUGAUGGGUGUAGUUUGUUGGGAUGGGUGUAGUUCAUUGUGAUGGAUGUAGUUUGAUGUGAUGGGUGUAUUUUGUUGUGAUGGGUGUAGUUUGUUGGGAUGGGUGUAGUUCAUUGUGAUGGAUGUAGUGUGUUGUGAUGGGUUCUUUCCUGAAAUUUAUGGUGGGUUAUAUCCUUGGAUCAGAUCUGAUAUAGUUUAUCUAUUGCAUAUCUCAGGCUGAUCUUUUCACUAAUUCUAAAACUGUACACAAAUAAAGCCUCAAAAGGAUAUCACUAACAUCAUCUGAUUCAACAAUGAGACAUCAAAAAUCAUUUUUAACUGAUAAAGUAUGGCAUUGAAUUGCACAUAAUUGAGUAUACUGGAAGCAAAUUCUACAGUUACCCCCGUACACCAAGGAUUUAAUCCUUAUGGAUGUCAAUUUAGUCAAUCGCAUGAUAAUUAUUUACUGGGCAUUUCUUUUUUACAUUCUUAUAAAACGUAUAAUUCUUUUUGGCCUGCAACAUUGCCAGUUUGUAGCGCUGAGUUUAACAUCUGACUAAUAUCUCUAAAUCACCAGCAACCAUGAGAAGGAUAGUUUAUGGGGUGGUGGCCCAGACAAAGAUGUGUGAUCUCCAUUGUCCAAUGUUACAACUUUUUAUUAAAUACUAUCUCCUAAGAGUUUGUUUAAAGUCAAUAAAUUCUGACCUCUUACCGGUAGAAUUUUUUUUAGGGAUGUCAUGAAGAUCUUAAAUGGGCCACAGUUCCAUUAAAAUAUCCUAUAGAAAAGUGAGUCCCUCAACCUUCAAUGGGGCAUGCAAAAGAAUUUUUGGGUAGUGAACAAUAAGAAGAAUGUAUUUUCAAUCUUUAACUUCCUUAUUACUGCUUGUCAUGCUUAAAGUCUUACCAUCAACUUACUCCACACUCCCUCACAACAACUUAUUCCAAACUCCCUCACACCAACUUACUCCACAUUCUCUCACACCAACUUACUCCACACUCCCUCACACCAACUUACUCCACAUUCCCUCACACCAACUUACUCCACAUUCCCUCACACCAACUUACUCCACAUUCCCUCACACCAACUUACUCCACACUCCCUCACACCAAUUUACUCCACACUCCCUCCCACCCAUAUGCUUCAGUGUUAUUUCUUGAUCUGCCUCAGCAAGCACGGAUAGGUCAGACACACUUGCUGCUGGCUUUACUGCCUCAGCUAGUACGGAUAGGUCAGACACACUUGCUGCUGGCUCAACUGCUGUUUGGACUUUACUGUAGGUCCCAGCUUUAACCAAAACUUAUAUAUUUUGUAAUUUUUUUUGAGAGUCUGCAUGGGCAAUCUUUGAUUCAAAUGCUGAAACUGAACUAAAUUUUAUCAUUAAUAUAUUAAAACAUUCACUUCUUUUAUCUGCUGUUCAUUUACAUCUUUGGAAAAAAAAUAAUUUCCUUCUUUUGGGAACUUCUCAAAUCCUACACUGUCAACACUUACCUAUUAUAAAAAAAGAAGUAGUGUCAUCUUCACUUUAAAAUAGGCUUGUGUGUCGAUGACAGUCAUGAAAAUGAUGUAAUUUUUAAGACUUGUGCUGCAAGCUGAUUUAUUUUGGUUGAUUCAAUGAAUGUCUAUUUUUGUGUUUCUACCCUAAAAAUAUUAUGGCUCAAGGAACACGUUACUUUUUACAUGCUAAAUAACAGUACCGUUAUUUGAAAUGUGCAUUGAAGUUGGUAAUCAAAAAUGGUUAAUCCCACUAUGGCUUUUAAUCGUAUCUGGAAAUUUGUUUGAAAGAAAUUUCGUGGAUGGAAAAUUGAUAGAUGGAAAUUUGAUCGAACGAAAGUUUGGUCAAAUCUUUUUUUCAGUUCACACGAUCUAAUUUUGUUUUUCUAUAUAGUAUAGUGCAUUCAAAAUAAAAUUUGAAGAAAAUUUGGUCGUGUGAACUGAAGAAAACAAAAAUUCGACCAAACUUCCGUUCGAUAAAAUUUCCGUUGACGAAAUUUCUUUCAAACAAAUUUCCGGUAACCGCUUGUAAUAGAUACUAACUCAAGAAAGACUGUAUUUUUAUAUCCACCUUAAAUUUGACCAGUGAUGAACAUCAGAAAAUAUUACUUUACGAGCUUAAACAUUGUUAAGUAUCUAUUAGGUCAACUAACUCUACUUUUAUUGGUAAUUUUUUAAUAUAUUUAUAAUAAAGAAACUAACUUGAUGUACACCUCCCCCUGCCUUCCCCCCCCCCCCCCCCCCCCCCCCCCAAAAAAAAAAAAAAGCUCUUUAUAGACCCCCCCCCCCCCCCCCCCCCCCCCCCCCUCUUCCCGCCACUUUAAUUUCUGGCUGAAAAUGAUGGCUCCAAAUAAUUUUAACUCUAGUAAUCCUUUCUCUAACCGAUACCAUCAUAUCACAUUUCUCUUGAUACUGUUAGAUCACAUUUCUCUUGAUACCAUCAUAUCAUCACAUUUCUCUUGAUGCCAUCAUAUCACAGGAUGCAGAUGAAAAGAAGUACUGCAAAAUGUGUAAGGUGUCCUUUUCUCAAGAGAGCCAGGCAGAUAUGCAUUACCAAGGCAAGAACCACGCUAAACGGAUGAAGAGCAUUGGAGCUGCAAAUGGGUAUAUUAAAAUAAUUGUGAUAAUCUUAACGUUGUCUUACUAAACUGUUCAUUUUGAGCAUGUAUAAAACUUAUGUCUUACACUCAUCAUCAACUUUGCAAAUUUUCUUCCAUAUUUUUUUUUUACCAGCUUUUAAAAGACAUUCAGUAGGGGAGCAGAUAAAACUUUGGAGUCUGGCAAUGUCCUUUGUUUCAUUGACCUUUAGAUCUUGACCACGUUUUGUUGAUUUUUUUCUGUUUCAGCCCAGAAGUAUUUGAAUGUAAGAUUUGCUGUGUGACCGUGACGGCACAGGAGCAUCUCACGGCUCACUUAAAUGGUGCCCGUCACAAAAUACAGGUGCGCAAAAUGGACACCAAUGAAAACUACAGAGGUAAAGUCACACUAUUCAUGCUUCAUCGAUGAUAUAUCAGUUUUAGACAUGUAACAAAAAUUCACAAAGAGCCUAGGGGAUGGCUUACAAAAAAUUUAAAAUAACAACAAACAAAAAAACCUGAGAAUUAUUCUAAUGAGUGAAGGAUAUAGAAGAUUCGUAGUUUUGAUUUAUUUCUUAUGCUGUUUCUCUUCUCAUUUUAAUUUUCAUCAUUUUUGCAAACUUCUUUUGAAAAUAUAAAAUUCUUAAUUUUUGCAUUUUUAAAACCUGUGUAAAAAAAAAAUUAAAUUAAUAAAUAAACUUUGAACAUUAUGUAAAUUCUAAAAACAUGAUUGGUACAAUUUCUGCUCUCUCUCUUUCUUGUUUGAAUUAGAACUGUCUUGAGAAUGUGAGUUCUGCUCUCUCUCUUGUUUGAAUUAGAACUGUCUUGAGAAUGUGGGUUCUCUCUCUCUCUCUCUUGUUUGAAUAAGAACUGUCUUGAGAAUGUGGGUUCUCUCUCUCUCUCUCUUGUUUGAAUUAGAACUGUCUUGAGAAUGUGGGUUCUCUCUCUCUCUCUCUUGUUUGAAUAAGAACUGUCUUGAGAAUGUGAGUUCUGCUCUCUCUCUUGUUUGAAUUAGAACUGUCUUGAGAAUGUGGGUUCUCUCUCUCUCUCUCUUGUUUGAAUAAGAACUGUCUUGAGAAUGUGAGUUCUUGGAGCCUAUUUGUUAUAAUUGUAACUUUCUAUACUAAAUUCUUGCCACAGGUGGCAUUUAUGGUAGGGGGCGAGUCGGUCUGGGAUUCAGAGGCCGUGGGUCAAAAGGCGCAGCUUCAGAUUCUGAUGGAGGAGAGUGGAGAUCACUGGUUGAUCAUUACAGUAGAGGGAGAGGUAGAGGCGGCAAAGGGAGGUCAGUACAAUACAAUUUUUUUUUUAUCUCUCUCAACCAAAAUGGGUGAUUGAUAGGCUAGAAAGUCAUAGCUAGCACAAUAAGUCAUUUGUGUUACAAUAUGAGUUUUUAUUGUGACCGUUCUUCAUUGAAUCAUCAUCUGGGUUGUUAUGAUGUAAGUGUGUCAUUAUGUAAUCCUUUUAUUUUAACUCUUAGAGUUUCAACACUAAAUAAUACUAAAUAUUAUUUUAUUCUCAAGCUUUAUUGCUUAUGUUACUAUUUUACUCUACUCGUUAUUCCUAAAUAUUAUUUUAUUCUUAGGGUUUUAUUAUUAAAUUUAUUUGACCCCAUGAGUUUCAUUAUGAAAUGCUAUUUUAUUCCAGAGGUUCAUUCCGAGGCAAUUUCCGUGGGAAAGGUCGAGCUCAAGGUAUUUUUAUUUUUUUUAAAUAUUGUCUCCCUUGAGUUUUUUUAAAGUCAAUAAAUUAUGACCUCUUAUGUGUAAUGAAAAUGUCUAAUUUCAUGAAUUGCUUUUAUGUAAUAAAAAAAUUCAACUUUGACCUCUGCUCUAUUACAAGGUACCAAGCGACGAGGAGUCCCUAUUGAUGAACGCGGAGCACGGCAGGAAUUUGGCGGGCCCACAUUUAAUAAGCGGCCAAGAUUUUGAACAUUUUAAGCAUACUUUCACCGCCACUGUUGAAAUCUGAUUGUAUACGUGUGACUUUUACAUUAACAUGACGAUGGAUUUUUUUUCUAUAUCUUCUUCCCUCGUGGAUAUUUUUUUUUAAAUUAUUAUUUUUUUUUUUUUGCUUUUUAACAAUUUUUAAAGGAUGAAGAAAUUUAUUUUUUUUAUUUUUAAAAUACGUUGAAUACAAAUGUCUCAAUGAGUGAAACUAUCUCAGUAUUGUCUUAAUCUUAUUUGUCUUUGACCUGCUUUCAUGCAGGAACUCUCUUACACUAAAGCUUAAGGAUUUUUAUUUCAUAUUGCCGUUGAUCUACUUUCACUCAGUAACCCUCUUGUCUUAAACUUCACACGUGAACGGUUAAAAGUGUCAUUGACCUGCUUUCACUUGAAUCCACCUUUUUAAUUUCUAUUUUUUAAACAUUGUUUUUAGAUUUGUAUAAAUUCCCUGGUGUCACAAACAAUUGUCUGUGGUACCCAGCUAAUUACCCUGGUGACACAAAAAAUUGUCUGUGCUACCUAGCUAAUUUCAUUGGUUUGGUGACACAAAGAAUUUUUUGUGCUACCUAGCUAAUUUUCCUGGUGACACAAAGAAUUGUCUAUGCUACCCAGCUAAUUUCCCUGGUGACACAAAGAAUUGUGCUACCCAGCUAAUUUCCCUGGUGACACAAAGAAUUGUCUGUGCUACCUAGCUAAUUUUCCUGGUGACACAAAGAAUUGUCUGUGCUACCUAGAUAAUUUCCCUGCUGACACAAAGAAUUGUCUGUGCUAUCUAGCUUAUUUCCCUGGUGACACAAAGAAUUGUCUGUGCUACCUAGCUAAUUUCCUUGGUUUGGUGACACAAAGAAUUGUUUAUGCUACCCAGCUAAUUUCUUUGGUGACACAAAGAAUUGUCUGUGCUACCCAGUACCUCCAGGUGAUCAUAUACUACUGUAAAUUCUUGUUUGUAGUGUAACUGGAGAUGCAGUUUGAAUAUGUAUCUUUGUUAGUGAGAAGGCUGGUUAAAAUGUCACUCUUCAUUCAUUUCUGUCAGUGAGCGAAACAAGUAGAUACAAUUUUGUUCAGUUUGCACAAUUUAGACCUUAUUUAUUUUAAUGUGUAAAAUAUCUUUUAAACAAAUGAUAAGCUGAGAGUGUGGCCCAUUUUAAUGUGUUGUUACAAAAUGUUUUUUUUUAGCUUAAUAAUUUUAUUUCACCCUACUUCCACAAGAUUGAAGUGUUGAAAUACUGACCAAAUUCAUCUUGAAAUCAUGAAAUCUUGCUAAAGCAUUCAUUGUUUCACUUAAUUUUCAAUGACUACAUCAAAAACAGUUGGCUAAAAUCAUAGCUGUUUAACUUGAUGAUAGCUUUCAGUCUUUGGGUGGUGACAAGAAACAGAUUUGAGGAUGUUGCUUGAACCUCUUGAAAUGCUAGUAACAUUGUUUCCAUCCUCUCCUCUAACCUGUGAUUGGUCACGUCUGCAGUAACAUUGUUUCCAUCCUCUAACCUGUGAUUGGUCACGUCUGCAAGUGAAUGAACAUCACUUCCUCAAAUUCUGCCUUGUUUCGUUUCCACAGGAUUUCAUGGCUUCAUUAAUGCUGGAUAAGACUUUACUCGACUUUAAUGUAUCUUUUCUCUAGCAUUUCUUCCGAGACGCAGUGACUGAGUUAAAUGGAAGGCAUGUAUGUGGAGAGGAAGCAACGGAAAUACUACACUUUCCCAGGCUAAUCUCGUCAUUAUGUUUCCAUUGCAGAUCGUAAUCGCCUGAUGAAAGACAUCACAUAAUCUUUUUCUUUUUUUUUGCAGGGGGCCAUAGCUUCAAAAAUAUUGUUGCCUGUUGACUUCUUUUACUUUUUACAAGCUGUUUGGCCUCUGUUAAUAUAUCAAAAGCAAAUAGUCUGUACCGUAUUUAGUCUCACAUACAGAGUUAUUUUGUGACAUUUAGAUGGAGUCUCCACUCUUUCUGCCUGAAUAUCAGACCAGGGAAAUUAGAAUGUAUUCAUAUCAUUAUAAUACAUUUUAAAUAAGUUUAAGGAAAUUAAAUAUUAAGUCACAUAGUGGUCCUUCAUGUACAAUAGUGGUACUUUAUGUGCCGUAGUGGUACAUCAUGUACUGGGUACUAUAGACAUUUUCUCCUGUAAAAUAAAUUAAACACUUUUCUAAUAUAGUAGGGUAUAAAUAAACAAAUUUAUCAUUCCUAUUUGUUAAAAUUUCCGAUUACCCUCAAAUAGGUCCUAAGAAACACAAUUAAAUCCUUUUAUCCUCAGACAGAAAUACGAUUUUUGGGGACUAUGAUGAUGAAGAAUUAUUAUCAUUAUUUGGGAUUGAUCCGGCCAAGAAGUACAAAUUUGAUUUAGCCAACUACAGGACACCCAUUGGCUGGCUAUACUGCUCAUCGUGUAAUAUAAGUUUGGUGGAUGAACCUCAGUUCCUGCUGCAUCUGGGCAGUAAGGAACAUCACGAUUGCAUUCUAGGGCGUAAAAAAGCCAAGAGGUUUGAUGAUGAGGCUUUAGCUGACAUCACUGUGUCUCGGAGCAGCUGACAAAAUGUUAGGAGGGGUUCAAAAUAUCCAGCACAGGGAUUGGAUUUCCUUUUUUUUUUUAUAUUCUUUCGUUAUUUUAAAAAUUUGUUUCAUCAUAAAUUUGAUUUAAAAAUUAACAGGUUCAGCGCAUGCCACUGUUCUGCAUCCUUCAGCAGUUGUCUAACUUACUCAACCACAAUUCUGCAUCUUUCGUCAGUUUAACUUACUCAUGCAAAUGUUCUUCAAAUUUUGGAAUAGCUUUUCUGCUUACUCUUGACCAGAUCAGAUCACCUGUAGUCAAAAAUCUUCUGGACCAGGGUUUUCCCAAAACCUUUCAGAGGAAAGGAGCCUCCAGCAACUGAAGCAUUAAGUGGUGUGAACCUCAUAUCUUUGUUCAUCGGGAAAUCCUUGUAACUGGUCCUGUGUUAUAAUGUGAAAAACAACCAAUUAAAAUGUUGUAAAUUGUCUCCCACUGAGCCAGUGAUCAUUAAGAUGAGUCUAAUUUUUCACUGAAACAUUUUUAAUUUCCUAUUCUACAACCCUCUGUUAAAUUUUUUUGUUAAAGUUAACCUUGGGCUGCAGCACCACAGGGACUUGGGCUGUAGCACCACAGGGACUUGGGCUGUAGCACCACAGGGACUUGGGCUGUAGCACCACAGGGACUU